AUGUCCACAAAGUCUUUGACGGUGGUAGAUGAUCUAUCGCCGUCGACAUCAAGCCAGGCUCUUCCUUUCGAGGAGUUCCAAUUCGCUGGACAGCAAGAUACCGCCAACUUCGGUCUUGCACAAAGCGCAAGCUUCCCCUUAGCUCUCGCCACCAAAGUAGCCAGCGAUGUCCCCACGACCAUUGAAUUAAUUCAGAGGUUCACACAGUCCGGUGAUCUUCGCCGGCUAAUCGAGAAGCAUGGAGGUGCUAUACUCUUCAGAGGUCUACCUAUCAAAACUCCCGAUGACUAUAGCAAAGUCGCCCAUGCCUUUGGCUUUCGCCCUCAUGUUGAAGUUGGUCGACCUCCACUAAGGACAGUCCUUGCACCAAACGUCAAAACAGCCAACGAGGGACCGCCUGAAUUGCCUAUCUGGACUCACAAUGAGUAUGGAUGGUCAACAAUCAAUCCAGCUUGGUUGACGUUUUGUGGGCUUCAAAUUCCGGAAGAAGGCGGUGCUACACCUAUAACUUCAUCGAUAUUUAUCGCGUAUCAACUAGCCAAGCUGGCACCAAAGUUCUUGUCUGACCUACAAGCCAAAGGCGCUAGAUACGUGUACAGGUAUACCGUUAGCCCUCUAGUAUCCAAUACUGGUACCAGUGUACGCGGAGCUUAUGGGCAGCACGUCACAGAUGAUGAUGACGAGGAGACAAGUAGGAGGAAGAUUGAGACUGAAGUAAGGCGACAUAGCAACCGCUUUGAGUGGCACGAGGACGGAAGUCUGAGUGUUACUCACGUUGUUCCAGCUAUAAGAAUACAUCAACCAACUGGAGCUACUGUUUUCUUUGGAAACCUGACCUCAGCUUGGGGCCGCAGUCGUCACCAUGGCGCAACUCGACCACCGUUUAGAGGGGAUGACGGAUCCUACCAUCCACCGCCUGAGUUCGGUGACGGAACACCUAUUAACCCCGAAGACCUAGAUCUUCUGCUCAAGAUAGCAGAGGAUGGUGCAGUCGAUGUAAACUGGGAACAAGGUGACCUUAUUUUGCUAGACAACUACGCUGUACAGCAUUCACGAAAACCUUGGAAAGGGCAGCGGCAGGUUCUUGCUGCUUUGUGGGACGACGAUGGAAGGGUUGAUGAUUUUCCCGAAGGCAAACGACUGCUUGAGAACGCUCCACGAAUUCCGAUUAUAACCACAGAGUAA